AUGUUUCAUGCCGAAAGUUAUCAAUAUCAACUUCAAUCAAUGUGGCAAAAAUGUUGGAACAGCCAAAAUUUAGUUCAACAUAUGAGAUUUAGGGAACGAGGCCCUUUAAAAUCAUGGCGUCCGGAAACCAUGGCUGAAGCUAUUUUUAGUGUCCUAAAAGAAGGACUUUCAUUAUCUCAAGCAGCAAGAAAAUACGAUAUUCCAUACCCAACCUUUGUUUUAUACGCAAAUCGUGUCCACAACAUGCUGGGCCCAUCGAUGGAUGGAGGAACGGAUUUAAGACCGAAAGGAAGAGGCAGACCGCAAAGAAUUCUGCUAGGAAUUUGGCCUGAUGAACAUAUCAAAGGAGUUAUUAAAAGUGUAGUGUUUCGAGAUGAAAAAAUAAUCAAAGACGACCCAAUGAUAUAUGGAAGACAAUCGCCCUUCCCUUUUCAAGACUCAGCAAUAGGCUACCCAAACGGGUUGAAUCAGCAAACAAGCUCAGAUACAAUGUCGCCUGAUAUUCUCGCUGCUGUACGUCAACAAAUGUGCAAUAUGGUUGAUGCCGCAAAUUUCGUUGCUGGCUUUAAUCUUCCUCCAAAUAUGACAAUUCAAUCGAUGACACCUCCAACAGUAGGUAGUUCCAGCAGCAAUAUUUCAAAUCCAAAGAUAGGCUCACCUGCUAUAUCAAAUUUAAAUAAAAAUGGAGGUGAGCCAAGUAAUAUCUUACAAAUGCCAAGAUUGGCUUCACCAGCUGUACACAGCUUACCGAGCGAAUUAUCUUUGCAUGGCUUACAAAACUUAUCAACAAAUGAAGAAGAACUGUAUAAGAAAGAAAAGAUGCGAAAUAAAAGAGAAAAUGAAGGUUUAUCUCAAAUUGAAGGUCACCAAAAAAGUUUAAGUAACAACCGUUUGAGCAUUACUAAACUUCACUCACCUAAAACUCUUAGCAAAAAUCUCCCAACUGAGACUCAUGAGCCGGCAGCUAAUUUAGUUCAUAGUGGGCAAUCCUUAGACAUGACGUUUAAGUCAUCAAGAACAAGUAGUGAUGAGAGCUUCAACGGCGAAGAUCUUUCUCCAAGAUCUUAUAGAGGCUUCAAAGAUUGUUCACCGAUAAAACUUGAACCCUUAGCAGAUUGUCGGGAUUAA